CUCUCUUUCACCUCGUCGGCUCUUCCAAUGUUGAUGUGAAAAAUGCAAUGACCUUCAGUGGGCCUCUGGAAGACAUGUUUGGGUACACAGUCCAACAGUAUGAAAAUGAGGAAGGGAAAUGGGUACUUAUUGGUUCACCAUUAGUUGGCCAACCUGAGAAAAGAACAGGAGAUGUAUACAAAUGCCCUGUAGGAAGGGACAACCAAUUACCGUGCAUAAAACUGAACUUACCAGCUGUUACUUCAGUUCCUAAUGUCGUGGAAGUAAAAGAAAACAUGACUCUUGGAACAACCUUAGUGACUAACCCAAAAGGAGGCUUUCUGGCAUGUGGACCACUUUAUGCUUAUAAAUGUGGGCGUCUGCAUUACACAACUGGAGUUUGCUCUAAUGUCAGCUCCACUUUUGAAACGGUCAAGGCAAUCGCUCCAUCUGUGCAAGAGUGUAAAACCCAGUUGGACAUCGUCAUAGUCCUCGAUGGGUCCAAUAGCAUUUAUCCAUGGGAGAGUGUCACAGCCUUCCUAAACAGCCUCCUGAAAAACAUGGAUAUAGGUCCUCAGCAAACACAG